AUGAUGGAGUGCUGCGUCCAUUCACCCUGCGGGCGCUACCUCGUCCGGUACAAGAGCGACAUGGAGACGAUGUGCAUAGAUGUGGUGCCGAAGGUGUCCUCCUUCGAGCCGUCACCCACCAUCCACUACGCUGCGGUGCUGCGCGAGUGCCACGUGGCGGAGAUCACAACGGCAGCAGGAGUGCGGAAGGAGUUCGCCGCCUUCGCGGACAUGACGUACAACGCCAUGAUUGGGCGCUCUCCGUGCGUCAAGUUCUUCAUUGAGACGUGUGAGGAGAUGAAGAGCCGCAUCACUGCGGAGGUGGCGCAGCGCGGCCGCAACUGCGUUACUGACGACAGCGAGACCAGCCAACUCCCGGAGUCGUCUCGCACGCAGCGUUUCUUCACUCUAGACUACGACGUUGACUUCACGCGCGCCGUGUUUCCGGUGCCCCUUGUGGAGAGGACACCGGCAGCGGCAGCAGAAGCAGCAGCAGCAGCGAACAAUGCGGAGCCCCAGCGACGCACUUCCGUUUGCCCACAACUCCACCACCAACUGCGGCAGCAGCACCAACAGCAAUGCGUGACACCACAGGACGAUGAGCCAACGAGAGCCGAGGUUGACAGCAGCAGCAACAGCAGCGGUCAGGCCGCCAUCAUUACAAAGCUGCGGGCGGAGAACGAUAAGCUCAGGCGGGAGAACGAUGCCUUGACACGACUGAGUAGAGAGAAGAUGCUGGAAAUGCAGCGGCUCUGCGAGGAUUUUCAGAAGCGCGUGGAAGGGGCGCACGAGGUGGAGCGGCUCACGAAGAAGCUGUCAAGCCUUCGCGCGCGGCUGCGGCGGGCGGAGGAGGAGCGGGACGAGGCGCACAUCGCCUUUGAACGGCUCAAGCGGCGGACACAGCGUCUGUCGUCUCCGCCUCCGCCUCCGCCUCCGCCCCCA